UCCCUCCCUCAUCUUCUUCCCCACACUCAAAAUAAACAACAUAUCAGAUCUCAUCUCUUCAUUCUCAAAAAAAGAAAAAUAAUGGCGAAAGUUGCAGGACUAUUGAACCUUCUUGUUGUGGUUUCCGCGGUUCUAUUCUUGGCAGGCUACUGUGCGGCGCAAGAGGCGGCGGCGUCAGGGGGGAAAACAGAGGUGAGUGACGUGAAGACAAAUGCGGAGGUUCAAAAUCUGGGGAGGAAAGCCGUAAUGGAGUUCAACAAGCGGCUGAAUGUGAAGGUGAAUCCUGAGAACAAUGCGAAGAGGCUGGUGUUCACGGAGGUGAUCAAGGCAGAGAAGCAGGUGGUGGCCGGAGAGAAGUACUUCCUCACCAUUAAGGCCACCUCCGAAGACGGCCAGACCAAGACGUACGAGUCCGAGAUGUGGGUCAAGCCCGGUGAUGAGACUGUUCAUGAGAUGCUCAACUUUGCACCCGCCGCCGCCGCAUAAAAUUCACACUUUUUUACUUUUCUGGUCAGUCCGCCGCCGUGGCGUGGCGGCUGGUAUUUUGUUAUGUCAUACAUCCAUGCAUGCGUAGUAGGUAGUGUAGUAGUCGCCGGCCGGUUAGUUUCCUUCAAUGCCAGCUUCAACAUUUUGUAAUGGCAUUGUUUUUAUAUAUAUAAUUUAAAAACAUAAAUAAAAUAUUAACAUUAUUUUUUGACUUA